AUGUCGACUCUGAAGGAGAUAUGCAGUGGUUUACCACUGGACCCUUUACCUCCUAAUAGGGGACGAGACCCCAGUGUGCCCCACGCACCCAUUCGGACCCCCAACCUCACAGCAGAGGACGAACGUUUGGCUCUGAGAAAUGCCUUGCGAUACUUCCCCCCAUCCCUCCAUGCAGCACUUGCACCUGAAUUUGCUCAGGAGCUGCGGCAGUACGGUCACAUUUACAUGUACCGCUUCUGCCCCACGUUACGCAUGAGAGCUUAUCCCAUCGAUCAGUAUCCAUGUCGCACACGACAGGCCGCCGCUAUAAUGCUGAUGAUCAUGAACAACCUGGACCCGGCGAUCGCUCAGUUUCCCCAGGAGCUGGUCACCUAUGGAGGCAACGGCCAGGUGUUCAGUAACUGGGCUCAGUUCCGCCUGGUGAUGCAUUAUCUGAGUGAGAUGACGGAGGAGCAGACCCUGGUCAUGUACAGUGGUCAUCCUGCAGGACUGUUCCCCAGCCUGUCUUCAUCACCCCGCGCCAUCAUCACUAACGGCAUGGUUAUUCCCAAUUAUUCUUCCAGAGAGCAGUAUGAAAGGAUGUUUGCUCUGGGUGUAACAAUGUAUGGUCAGAUGACGGCAGGCAGCUAUUGCUAUAUUGGGCCUCAAGGGAUUGUCCAUGGCACUAUGCUGACUGUGCUGAAUGCCGGCCGCCGCUACCUGGGCUCUGGGGACUUGGCGGGCCGUGUGUUUGUGACCUCCGGCCUGGGAGGCAUGAGUGGAGCUCAGGCUAAAGCUGCCGUCAUUGCGGGCUGUGUUGGAGUGAUCGCAGAGGUGGAUGAGGCUCCACUUAAAAAACGUCAUGAGCAGGGUUGGCUGAUGGAGGUGACCAGCGAUAUGGAGCACUGCAUUAAACGCAUCAGAGAGGCCAAAAACUCCAAGACUCCUCUCAGUUUAGGUUACCAUGGCAACAUUGUAGACUUGUGGGAGCGGCUGCUGUUGGAGUAUGACAGGACGGGGGAGCUCCUGGUGGAUCUGGGCUCAGACCAGACCUCCCUUCACAACCCCUUCAAUGGAGGAUACUUCCCAGUCCAGCUCAGCUUCCGUCAGGCAAAUCAGCUUAUGGCCACUGAUCCCAACCGUUUCAAAACCAUGGUCCAACAGAGCCUCAAGAGACAAAUUGAAGCCAUCAACAAGCUGUCUGAUGCUGGUAUGUUCUUCUGGGACUAUGGAAACGCUUUUCUCCUGGAGGCUCAGAGAGCUGGAGCAGAUGUAGAAAAGGUUGGUGGAGGAGCAACAGAGUUUCGUUACCCUUCUUAUGUCCAGCACAUUAUGGGGGACAUUUUCUCUUUGGGUUUUGGACCCUUUCGCUGGGUGUGCACAUCUGGAGACCCACAAGACCUCGCUGUAACAGACAACAUCGCUGCUAAAGUCCUGGAAGAAAUCAGCGCCAAUGUGACCGAUCGCAUCAGGCAGCAAUACCAUGACAACAUUCGCUGGAUCAGAGAGGCUGGAAAACACAAAAUGGUUGUUGGUUCUCAGGCCAGAAUCCUCUACUCUGACCAGAAAGGAAGAGUCAGCAUUGCUUUGGCCAUAAACCAGGCUAUCACAGAUGGGAGAGUUUCAGCUCCAGUUGUUAUUAGCAGAGAUCAUCAUGAUGUCAGCGGCACAGACAGUCCUUUCAGAGAGACAUCUAAUGUGUAUGAUGGGUCUGCCUUCUGUGCAGACAUGGCAGUCCAAAACUUUGUCGGUGAUGCGUUCAGGGGUGCCACAUGGGUAUCCCUGCACAAUGGAGGGGGCGUUGGAUGGGGUGAAGUAAUGAAUGGAGGAUUUGGUUUAGUAUUAGAUGGCACAGAGGAAGCUGCGAAACGAGCCAGUCUGAUGCUCAACUGGGAUGUCUCCAACGGGGUGGCUCGGCGCUGCUGGUCAGGGAACUCGAAUGCAUAUGAAACCAUGCAGUGCACUAUGGAGGAGCACAGACAGCUGAGAGUCACCAUGCCCUUCCCUGUACAGGACGAGCAUAUCCUGGACCGGGCUCUGCAGGGCUGACCGGCACUGGUGUAUCUGAGACCAGAACCGCCUGUUUAACACACACACUGGAAAUCAACAACACAGAUAUCU